AUGCGUCGCAUUCGUUACGAUCUUAAUAGGCCAGCAUGCGACCGUUGCACGUCUACAGGUCGAACUUGCGAGGGUUUCCCAAUAGACGCUACUCCCGACCGUAGCAGGACCUAUGGUAGACCAGUCGCCGUGGCGCCGCUCAGUCUGCUAGCUCCACGUGCAUACCCUGACGUGCACAAGGCUGAUCUGCGCCGGCUGCAGUACUUUCAACAGGUGACGGCUGGGCAGCUUGGCGGCUAUCUGCAGGACGACAUGUGGACCCAGCUGUUGCUACAACUAGCUUUGACUUCAGACCCAAUCAGACACAUUGCUGUUGCCUUGGGUACACUUCAUGAGACGUCUACUUUCAAAACUACCAAUGCCGAACCUAUCCGGCCGUAUGCUCUUGCCAUACAGCGCCUGCAGUCUCACCUUCAGACCGACGGAUGGCAGCAGCUCGAGGUGACGUUGGUAGCUUGCAUCCUUUGCAUCGGCUUCGAGUGGCUUCGAGGUAAUGCUGAAGGGGCACUCGCGCACCUCCGGUCUGGGCUUGCACUCAUUGAGCAGUGGCGGACAUCGACGUUGCAUAUACAGCGUGGAGUUGACUCCCGAAACCCCCGUGGCCACCGCAUCGAAGUCAAGAUUCUACCACUCUUCGGUCGCCUAGUCAUUCAAGCUGCCACGCUUUACAACUUCGACACAAUACCUUGGCCACGGAUGCCGGCUGAAAGUGUUAACAUUGGUCGAUUCACCAGUAUCGAACAUGCGAGGGAUAGCUUUAUGAAUCUAUUAGGCGGAAUUCUUGUCGACACGAACAGACGGGAGCUACUGAGACAGUACACUCCCGCCGCUGACCAGGAGCACAAGCAUCAGAGGGAGCUAUUCGACAGCUGGAAACUUCAUUUUGACGUGCUGGCUGCAGAAAAACGUUACUCAGACAAAGAUGCAGGGCUCUCACCUUCGCCUCAUCUCAUCGAAGCCAUUUGGGCAUCUUCAAGCAUUAUGCUUGCAGGCCUUCGUCCGGACCCUCAGGGUGCGAGGAAACAUUCCGAGGAUUCAGAGUUAGGCUUCAGUCGUACUGUGGACCUCUGCAAAACUGUUUUAAAGCACAACUCGGUGCACUUCACCUUCGACCUCGGCGUCGUAUCGCCGCUCUACUACACCGCCGUCAACUGCGGCGACGCCAGAACUCGUCAGCGAGCUGCAGACCUACUCGAGAUGCACCACACACGAGAAGGAUUCUGGACCAGCGAGGACGCCCUUAGGCGCGCAAGGCUUGAGAACCAUCUGCUCAGACCUACCGGGCCGAGACAGCUCAAGGUUGAGCCCCUGGCUGUCAAGACGAAGACCGGCCUACCUGUGCAUAUUUGCAGCUCGCAUGGAGGCGGCAUCGACUACUGCGAUGUGUGCUUCGUACGUGGUAAACAAAGACAUUCGACUGUUGCUCUCGAUGAGACAGACUUCUUGGCUGUCAAGACGAAGACCGAACCUCCUGUACAUAUUUGCAGAUCACACGGAGGCGAAAUUGACUACUGCAGUACAAUGUGUGCAUUUUGUGUGGUGAACGAAGACUUUCGAAUGUUGCUGUCAACGGGACAAGGCCAGUGCAGACUUUUGGAAGAAAUAUAA